AUUAAUAUUAUUCAAAAGAAAGAAGAUAUUAUGGAAUUAAAUAAAGGAGAAGUGGAGUUGAGAGUGACCCUUUAAGAGGUUCUCUCCUUUCAUUAUCCCAUCCUCCAAGCUGCCUGCAAGCUUUGUUUCUUGUUUGAUUGAGAGAAAAGUUUUCCAUGAAAGAUCUAUCAAUCAUCAAACUCUCUAUGCCCAGAAAGCUGUUUAUCCAUGAUCAAAUGAUGUCUGUAUCAUCAAUCUCCAUCUAACCUGCUUCUUCUCUCUCAGGUUUUUUUGGUUCUGCAAUUCUGCAAAAUUCCAUGUCUGAAAGCUACUCUCAACAAGAAUUCUACAAUAAUCCCUGCAGAGAGAUGAUGAUGAGAAUUCAUGGAGGGUUUGAAGGAGACGCGCCACCGGGAUGUGAUGACUCCAACGGCGGAAUGCUGGCGGAGAUGGUGGACAACUACCGGUCUGCGUGGCGGAAAUCCGCCGCACAAGUUCUGGAAGAGCAGAUCCAAGCUUCCAGCUAUGGCGGCAGAUCAUGGCCUCAGAAAGAUAAUCCACUCUCAUUAAACCAAGCACUUCCAUUGAUGAAUCUUAUCCAUGUCAAACCCAGCUCCUCCCCACCACCUCGUACUGCACCGUUUACGUUAGCCGGCACCGAUCUAUCACCGGAAUCCAACCUUAUCCAUCAAGGAUUCCAAGUUGUUAGUCCGCUGAUAACCAUGGAAGAAGCUCAUCAAGGGCUUUCGUUGUCGUUGAAAAUGGAGGAGUUUCAGACAAGAAAUGGAGGGAUUAACAAUAAUUACUACACUAACCAAGAAUUAUUACCUUUGGGCACUCAUUUUCUUGAAGAACCCAGAAGGGAAAUAGAGGUGAUGAACGUUAUGCAGGUCCGACAUCCGAGGUACCUGAAGGCUGCCCAGGAAUUGCUUCAAGAAUUCUGCUGCCUGGGAAGAGAGCUUCACUUCAAGAAUGGCGGGAGGGUGAAGAAGAGGAGUGGGAGUGGAAACCCUAGCUGCGGCGACACGGAAACCGGUAACUCUCCGGCGGCUGAGCGGCCGCCAUUAUCAGCUGCAGAAAGGUCUGAGAUUCAGAGAAAGAAGAUCAAGCUGUUAGCUAUGCUUGAAGAGGUUGAAGAUCGGUACGUGCGUUACCGGGAGCAGAUGGGGGUGAUGGUGAGCUCGUUCGAUUCGGUGAUGGGAUGCGGCGCGGCGGCGCCGUACAUGGGGUUUGCGCAGACGGCGAUGUCGAGGCAUUUCCGGUGCCUGAAGGACGGUAUAGUGAGUCAGCUCCGGGAGACUUACAGAGCUCUGGGGGAGAAGAAGCAAGGCGGCGUUGCAGGGAGUUAUGGGUUGACGAAAGGGGAAACGCCGAGGCUGAAACUGCUAGACCAGAAGCUGAGGCAACAGAAAGGUGCUUUGAACCAGAUGGGAAUGCUUCUGGACUCUGAGCCAUGGCGGCCGCAAAGAGGGCUGCCGGACCGGUCCGUUAACGUCCUGAGAUCGUGGCUUUUCGAGCAUUUUCUUAACCCGUAUCCGAGUGAAGCAGACAAGGUUUUGUUGUCUCGCCAAACUGGUCUGUCCAAAAAUCAGGUUUCAAAUUGGUUUAUUAAUGCUAGGGUAAGGCUGUGGAAACCCAUGGUGGAAGAAAUGUACGAACAAGAAACUAAAGAAGAAGAAAACGCACAGACACCGAUGCCGCGUGACGACGAUGAUGAUAAUAGUAAGGAAAUUACUGCGACAACAUCGACUACGCCGACGACGACAACAACGUUACCGUCGGCUGCAGCGACAAAAAGAUGCCAAUUCAAUGCCACGGAAAACGACUCCUCACGAACUAACAUCAUCAAUAAUUAUGCAGCCCAGUACGCCGCCUCGGGAAACCAAGUCACGAUGAUUAAUGGUAACACCGCCGCCGUGCCGCCCCCUGUGAGCCUAUCUUUCGCGGCAGCGGCGGCUCCGGUGGUGGAUUGUGGCGGUGGGUUCGGGACUCCGGCGACAGGUGACGUGUCCCUAACUUUGGGACUUCGGCACCCAGAAAAUAGUGUAACUAUUACAAACUUUGGGGCCUAUUAAAUAUAUUUUUAGUACUAAAACACAAAAUGGCUACAAAAAUUAUAUAUAUAUAUAAUUCGUGAAUAAUUUGGGUUUUGUAAUUGACAUAUAACUCUUAGUUGUAAAAUUAAAGUGAAAAUUGUAUUUUGUUGUUC